CAUACGUCACGCGUGUGAUGUAGACGUAGAUAGGAAUUAAAAUCGAGAGAUAUCUUUCCCUAUAUUCUCAUCAAGUUGUAGUGACGGAGUCGCUCUUUCCGCGACUGUGGAGUCGUUCUCGGUCAUAUAUAAUGUAAACGAGAUGACGAAUUGUAAAGAGCGCAUUGGGCGGUGAGCGAAAUGUCUAUAGAGUACGUGCCGGUGAGUGAGGGCGAGCAAGAUGAGCCCAUCGAGCUGCCAACUGAGGAGGAUGGCUCGUUGCUGCUUAGCACGGUGGCAGCCCAGUUCGCGGGGGCCAGCGGACUCAAGUACCGUACGGGAGGACGGCUGCGCGGCGUACGACUGGUGGACGAACGUCUGUCUCCGCCGGCCGAGGGCUGGGCAGUACAUCGCUUCUGGUGCGCCUUCCCGCGGUCCUCGCCCGUUCCCUCUCCGCGCCCGCGGUGUUCCGACCUUAUAGUCCUCGGCCUACCCUGGAAGACAGCUGAGGACUCCGUGCGCGAGUACUUUUCCACGUUCGGCGAAUUGCUAAUGGUCCAGGUGAAGCGCGACGCCAAGACCGGAUUGUCCAAAGGGUUCGGAUUCAUCAAGUUCGCGGAUUAUGAAGCUCAAACGCGCGCCCUCGGUCGUCGGCACAUGAUCGAUGGGCGCUGGUGUGACGUACGUAUACCCAAUGGCAAGGACGGCGGUGCGACAGCACAUCGCAAAGUAUUCGUUGGCCGCUGCACCGAGAGCCUCACAGCAGACGACCUGCGCGAAUACUUUGGGGCAUUUGGGCAGGUGACAGAUGUAUUUGUGCCACGGCCAUUUCGGGCAUUCAGCUUCGUGACGUUCCUGGACGCAGAGGUGGCUCAAUCACUGUGUGGGCAGGACCACAUCAUCAAGGGUGUGUCGGUGAACAUAUCGACGGCGUCUCCCAAGCGUGAGCGUGGCGCGCGCGGUUCAUUGCUGGGCUGGGGUCUUGUGGAAGGCGGCGGCCGCGUGCUGUGGCCACCCGCCGACUGGCCGCCGCCUGCACAGCAGCCACCGCUCGACACCAAGCUCUACCUCAAGUACGAGUGACCAAGCUGCCUCAUUCUUACCUGUCUUGUUGAUCACUGUCAAAUUUUAUAUGAAAGUAAAUGUGUAAAUAAUAUAAUAUAGUAUGAAGUUAUCUAA